CUCGCACGGCGGCUGGCACUUCCCACUGUCCGCCACGCUGUCUACCACUCGUCAAGUCUCUUCCUCUUCCUCCUCCUCUCCUCUCUCUUCCUCUCUUUCUUUUCUAUAUUCCUUUCCAUCUACUAUUCUUCCGCUUUCGAAGUCGUACCAGCUAGUGCCAGAAUCUUCUUCAGGAAUCUCUGCUGAGGCUGCUGCAUCAAGCUACACCUUUGACAACAGCCAGCAAAACUCUCACGCUACGUGGUCUGAGCCCCAGUCUCUGUCGUCGUCAGGAGAGCUGCAAUCCUUCACUGCCUCUGCCCGACCACGGAGGCUGUCCUCGAAAAGUCCCACCUCGGACAAACGUCCACGGAGUGCCUCCGUGCCCCAGUCACCCUCCGCUCUCUUUCCUAGAGACGUGGGAGAACCCGAAGACACCCUGGAGUACUUCCCACGCAGUGUAUCACUCCCGGAGGCCUCACUAGAGGAGCACGUGUGGGAGGAGAGUGGUGCAGCCAACUCGUCGUGGAACAGAUUGCUGCUGGCUAGGUCACCCUCCUCCUUCGUCUCCCUCUCUGGCUCACCCUCUUACGUAUCACUGGACUCCAGUCCCCCCACAUCGCCGCCGUCCUCUCCUAAUCGCUCCCAAAGUUUCAACAUGCCUCGGCCGCUGGCUCAGAAUGUCCUCAUGCGGCCUCUGGUGGCUCUGGCCCUGCCUGGCAUGUAUCUCGUCUAUAAGUAUAACCAGUACAAGAGACAGCAGCAGGAGGCCAACCGGCGGAAGGCAGCGGAGAGGGAGCUCGUGCAGCUGCAUCACAAGAUCGACAAGCUCCUCAACAAACUGGACCAGCACGAACCGGAGCUGGCCAUGACACAGGAGGAGGAGUGUGUGAUCUGUGUGAACGCCAAGGCCACCAUGCAGACCUUCCCGUGUGGACACCGCGUCGUGUGCAGAAAGUGCUUCGUUAAGACUAUCCAGGUAGCAGUCAGUCAGCGCCUCCUGCCGCUGCGGUGCGUGGUGUGUCGCGCCAAGAUCCUGCGGCUGCGGCAGGCCAGGGACUCGCCCUUCCCUACCUCAGUGUCCCAGUACUCCAUGUCCGCGGUGUCCGCCUCCGGCAGGAUGAUGCCCAAUUCCUCCUCCCUCUACUCCUUCACCUCGGGGUCGUCCGGCGUGUCAGGUUUGUCCAAUGUGAGCAGCGCCAGCUCCAGCAGUGGCGGCAGCUACCGCAGUGGCGUCAGGGAGGCCAAGCUAAGCCGCCCCGUCACGCUGUACUCCAGCAAGCGGAUCCCCGCGGGCAAGAAAGUGCGAUACACGGUGUCGAGCAAGAGUGGCGCCCGCAGCAAGGAGCCGCUCAAGGGAGGGCUGCCGCAGAUCAGGAUUGAUGAGUACCACGAACCAGCGUGUCGCCCUCCCCCAGUGUCCAGGCCUCCCAGGGUCCACAUAAGGAGAACAAAGUGGCUCCACAGUGCUGUGGGGCUUGAGGCGCUGGGGCGGUUGCCCACCAUCAAGGAAUACACGGAGUUCAUCACGGAGAAGGAGAUGGAGAAGGAAAAAUCAUCGUCAACUAGAAUAAGGUGUGCCCAGAAGCUAGUGAGUCAGAUCGAGCACCAGCACGGCGUCCCCGCUCGGUCUCACAGUCCCCGGCCCAUCGCUUUCAUCGCCCCGUCCUCAGCCAGGCCCUCUUCCGUGGCUGCCGCCGCGGGCACCCUAAGAGGCGGUAGAACCACAGGAGGCGGCGGUCUACAGGCCCACAAAAUGUCCAGAUCCCCAUCGGCGUCACCGUCGGGAGCCUCCAGCACCAGAAGCACGCCGGACAAAGGGCGUCGAGGGUCGGCCAGUUCCUCAGCUUCCCUCAGGAGCAAUGCAUCCCUGGCCAGUGGCGCUUCCGUUAAGAGCAGUGCUUCUACUCUCAGCAACGCCUCCUACAUGAGUGCCUCUUCGGUCAAGAGCGUGGCCUCCGCCAAGAGCGGGGCGUCGGUAAAGAGCGGGGCGUCGGUGAAGAGCGGGGCGUCGGCCAAGAGCGGGGCCUCGGUGAAGAGUGGCACGUCGGGCCGCAGCAGCACGUCCACCGUGAAGGCUGCCAAGGGCGGCUCCAGCCUCAAGAAGGAGCCAGAAAGCAAAGGCGUCAGGAGAAAAGAUGCCAAUGACAAGAAGCAAGAGACUAACGAAAAGAGACCCAAGCAAAACAAAGGGGAGAGUAAGAUCAAGAUGCUCAAGAAAAGGUUUGAAGGCAAGGAGUACAUGAGACUCCAGUAACAACCAACCAACCAACCACUCCAGCACCGCCCGACCAACCAACCAACCGACCAACUGUUCCCACCAGCCCGCCCGGCCCCCGCCUUCCCUACGAGCCGUCUUCCUGUGCCGCCGCCCAGGGGACCCCCUACAUAUCUCCACAGUGUGUGUGUGUGUGUGUGUGUGUGUGUGUGUGUGUGUGUGUGUCCGCGAGCCUGUCCCGCCUCUGGGUUGCAGGGGCGGGGCGCUAAUGCAGUGUAACAUGCCUAGACAGCGAGCAGGGGAUCACUCCAUCCAAUAUCCCUUCAGUAAUUUUUGACCAGGAAUAUUAUCAACCUGUGGUGGCUGCACGCCCAACCCCCGCCUCCUGCCCCACGCCCGAGGGCAAGGCGGCGCUGGCGCUGCCCGCGACCGCCAAGCCCUCAUCAGAUACAAAGUUACACUCCUUCCAUUAGCCUUAAGAUUGACAGUCUCUGUGUGUUAGGACUUCCACGUAUUUCUUCCUUAUUCUAAUCAAAACUUUGGCUUCACCUGCUGGACGCGGCGUCCGGUCGCCACGGCCGCGGCCGUUACGCGUUGUUACGCAUAUUACGACGUAACGUAGAGGUAGCUACGUGCCACCCGUCAUCACUCCGGCACUGCUGCGGGUCUCGCCGGACCGCGGGGGGAGAGGGGCCCAACUGGCAGUGCAGGAAUGCUGAGCAGCCUCCCCCCAGGGGUCCCCACGGAGCUAGCAGGCCGCCGGACGCUAGGGACGUGUCUCGCACACUGUACGUAACAGUAUGUAGGUCUUGGCCUGGUGAGGUCGAUGACUCCUUAGCUCAAUAGUUCUCUAAGUCCUGCAGUCAAAAGAUAGUAAAUAGAUUUCAUGAUACCAAUCCUUUGAUCAUUCUUACCUAAACAUUUGCAUUGAACACGCUUGUUGUAUUGCUCCCCCGUCCUCACGUCUUCCCGCGCCUGUAAUAUCUUUCCUCUCUCCUCUCUCUCAUCCAUAUUUAUAUUAAUAAAAAUUAUCACAGACC